UCUGCUCAUAGACGUCAAUCAACCCUGUCUAUAAAGUGGGCGGGUAAUAACUUCUCCUGAGUUAAGUUGACAUAAAGUUGAUGCGUCACAUCAAUUAGACAUUUGGAGACGUCAAAUCAAUUAAGCCUUGGGGGCAGAGAGGAUCUUGACACAGAUCUCUUUUUGAAAGUGGCGGUGGAAAGAGAACCUUCGAGUGCAUUGUGUAUCAGUAGGAUUGUUUUGGUGGGAGGAGUCACUUUGGAAACACUUCAAGUUGGUGGUGGACACUCGUAUGGUGCAGUGGUGAAAUUUCCGAAAUGACUCUGAUAGGGGCGUAACAUAUACUAUAUUAUUCCCCUUCUUCCCUCUAAAAAAACAAAACGGAGAAUUCUAAUAGAAAUUUAUUCUAUAUAAUUCUAUACUUUUUUUAAUUAUUACAUGACAUGAGCCAACAUGCAGCCAAAAACUCAACAUUUGAUCAAUCAUGAACUUUAAUCCAGACAACUUAUCAUCCGUAGGGUGCAUAUUUCACACUGGACCCAUGAAUAAUGAGUUUAAUCAAACCCAAAUUCACUGGAAAACGUCCUAACAAAAACGUGAACAGCCACUACUAUAAUUAUCGGUGAACAGAAAUCGAUCUCAAUUGCAUGAUGAUAAGAGCCUCAUUGAUGAGGACUAGAGCAAGAGUGAAAUAUAAUUUUGGAAAAAUGCAUUAAAUGGAUUCUGUGUGUUGUCACAUUCGGGCCUUCAAAAUUAUCUAACCAGGCGUAGUAUUGCAGGUUAUGUUUACUGGCAUUUGUUGGCUUCUUUAUAUGGUAGGUCAUGGCAUUUCUUUCAGGUUUCAUGAUAAGACCAGGCGACUUGGGGGUUUGAUUGGGAUCUCCGGCCACUGGUUUACAAACUUUCUACUUGGUGGGCUCAUAUGCUGACAAAGGAAGCCAACCUGUGACACAAUAUACAUAGAGCUAUGAUGAACUCUUAAAUGGGAUCAGGGUACUUGAAAUAAUUGAAAUGGUGGAUGUUGAUCCGGAGCAAACUUCACAACCCAUGGCAACGAACAUGUUUACUAAGAAAAAUGAUCUUCUUUCCACUGCCAUGAAGAGAACUAGUGAAUGGAUCUUUUCGCAGGAAAUCCCAAGUGAUGUAACUGUUAGAGCAGGAGGAACUUCCUUUUCAUUGCACAAGUUCCCAUUGGUCUCAAAAUGUGGUUACAUAAGGAAGUUAGUUUCAGAAUCCACUGAUACUGAUCUUGCUGUUAUUGAAAUCCCUGAUAUUCCCCGAGGAGCAGAGGCAUUUGAACUCGCUGCAAGAUUUUGUUACGGAAUCAACCUUGAGAUUAGUACAGAAAACAUUGCCAUGCUUAGGUGUGUAGCUGAAUAUCUUGAGAUGACAGAAGACUAUGCAGAUGGAAAUUUAGUUGCAAGAACCGAGAAGUACCUACACGAAGUGGCAUUAAAGAGCCUUGCAGGGGCAGUUACCAUUUUGCAUUCUUCAGAAAACCUUCUUCCCCUAGCAGAAAAAGUAAAACUGGUGAGGCGAUGCAUAGAUAUGAUAGCAUUUGUGGCCUGUAAAGAUAGCCAAUUUAGCGCACCAGGGAGGGCCGAGAGUGGGAAGAAUGAUUCGAUGUCCUCCAAAUCAUCCAUGUCCAAUGCAAAGCCUGUUGUUGAUUGGUGGGCUGAAGAUUUGACUGUCCUUCGAAUUGAUUUCUUUCAAAGGGUUCUCAUUGCAAUGAUGGCAAGAGGAUUCAAACAAUACGCUCUCGGUCCAAUACUAAUGCUAUAUGCACAAAAAUCUCUUCGUGGGUUGGAAAUAUUUGGAAAAGUUAGGAUGAAAAUCAAUGCAAGAGAAGAACAAGAGAAACGGGUUGUGUUGGAAACAAUAGUUAGUCUUCUGCCAAGAGAGAAGAACGCUAUGUCAGUUAGCUUUCUCUCAAUGCUUCUUCGAGCUGCAAUACAUCUAGAAACAACAGUUGCUUGCAGGCUCGACUUGGAAAAGAGGAUGGCCUUGCAAUUGGGAGAGGCCGUGUUAGACGAUUUACUAAUUCCUUCUUCUUCUUUCACCGGGGAUACAUUGUGUGAUGUUGAAACUGUGCAGAGGAUAAUGACGAAUUACCUGGAAUAUGAAAUGGAGGGGAAUAGAUCGGGAUACUAUGCAGAUGACGAGUAUAUUUCUCCUUCACAAAGUGAUGUGGAGUGUGUCACGAGGUUAAUGGAGACUUAUAUUGCUGAAAUUGCUUCUGACAGCAAUUUAUCUGUCUCAAAGUUUAUCAGUCUUGCAGAACUUAUUCCUGAGCAGCCCCGAAUAACAGAAGACAGAAUGUAUAGCGCCAUUGAUAUCUACUUGAAGGCUCAUCCUGCAUUAAGUGACAUGGAGAGGAAGAAAGUUUGCAGUGUGAUGAAUUUUCAAAAGCUUUCUCGGGAAGCUUGUGCACACGCAGCUCAAAAUGAACGACUACCAGUCCAGAUGGCAGUUCAAGUGCUUUAUUACGAGCAGCAACACCUCAGGGAAGUCAUGGACAGCAGCCUCAAUGAUUCUCCUUCUCUUCGAACCAAAGAGAAUCAAUUCUCCAUUAAUAUCCACCCUGUAUCAGACGAGCUCUCGACUCUACGUAAAGAAAAUCAGGACCUAAAACUCGAGUUGGUGAAAAUGAAAUUGAGACUGAAAGAAAUUGCAAAAUCUGACGAUCCUGAGGGAUCAAUUGGUAGUCCCUCAGGCACUCGUCUAUCCUUUGAACCUAGAAAAUCAUUCAUAAGCUCCGUGUCAAAAACACUUGGCAGAUUCAUUCGGGUUGAUGGAAUCGUACUUCAAAGUGCCAAACAUCGAAAUAAACCAAGCAAAGAUAGGCGAUAUUCCAUAUCAUGAUCCUUUUAGUAUCAAAUUAAGGUAUCUUCAUUGCAUUGUUUUUACCUUGAGGAAAGGUCCUGGAUUCUGUAUUUUUCUGUUCUUUCCUCUGUAAUAUAUGUGUAAAUCAUAGUACAAGUGCAUACAAUUCAUAUCUUUAAAAGAAUUCGAAUAUUUAUGCUUAUAAUUGUUUCA